UAAUUGAACAAUACCUCAUCGAAGGUAUAAAAAGUGAAGCUUUGAGGGAAUUUGAUGUCAGUUUAAGCUUGUUAUUCGAACUAGUUUGAGCAUCUGUCUCUAUACACACAAAUCUACCAAGAUGAAAUUCCUUAUCGCUGUUGUUGUGCUAGCUGCUUUGGCAUCGGCUGAAUAUCAAGUCAAGACCCGUGAGGAUCUUACCAAAUUCCGUGACGAAUGUGUUGCCAAACUCGGAACUCCCCAAGCUGAGUUGGAGAAAUACAAGAAAUGGAACUUCCCCGACGAUGAAACAGCUCACUCUUACUUGCAUUGCAUUUUGAAGAAGUUCGAACUCUACGACGACGAGAAGGGUUUCAAUGUUGAAGACAUUCAUAAGCAAAUGGUUGGUGGAUCUCAUGCCGAUCACUCUGAUGACACUCAUGCCAAGAUUGAGAACUGCGCCAAGGAAGCCAACGCAGCUGAAGCCAAUGUACGUGCCUACCGUGGAGCUUUGUGCUUCAUGCGUGAGCACUUGCACUUGGUCCAGAAGAGCGUACACGCUCAUGAACACGAUCAUUCUCAACAUUAAAGUGAAUUAACUUAAAUUAAGAACCUAAUUUUUGUUUUUGAAAUAAGUGCUCGAAUAAAAUAAUUAAGUUUAAAUGGACAAA